AUGGAUCUUCUUCGUCUCCCGACACCGCUACGCCGCUGCCUGAUCUCCUCAUCAUGGCUCACCACCUCCACCCGUCCACUGACAACUCAGACCUACCGUCCAACAGGCGACCAUGAAUUCCCACCCCCAAACACCCAACCCACCACCAACACCACCCUAAACACCUACACCGUCUCUCAACCCCCCAACCAAGCCCAGCAAAAAUACGCCCACAACUUCUUCCACUCCUCCCCACCCCACCUCCUCUACACCAGCGCCCACUUCCGCUCCCUGCCCCCAACCUCCAUCCCUGAAAUCGCCUUCCUCGGCCGCAGCAACGUAGGCAAAUCCAGCCUCCUCAACGCCCUCUUCGGCCGCAACAAACUCAAAGACGCGCACGUCUCCAAACGCCCUGGUCGCACACGGACAAUGAACGGGUUCGGCGUGCUGGGGCCGGGACAGCGGCUUGGUGCGGCUUCAGCGAGUGGAGAGGAUAAAAACGCGCUGUGGCGGCGUUUCCCGCUCCGAGGAGGGCUGGUGGUGGUGGAUAUGCCGGGGUACGGGGCGGGGAGCAGGAGUAUCUGGGGCCAGGAAGCGAUGAAGUUUUUGGAGCGGAGGAGGCAGUUGAGACGGACGUUUGUGCUGGUGGAUGCGGAGCAUGGGUUGAAGAAGACUGAUUUGGAGAUUCUGGUGCAUUUGCGGAGGGCUGGGGUGGCGCAUCAGGUGGUGUUGAGUAAGGUGGAUAAGGUGCUGUGGUCUGGGGCGAGGGCGCCGGGACCGCAGAAGCUGCAGGGACGGCUGAGGGUGUUGGGGGAGAUACGGAGGAAGAUUGGGAAGGCGGUUGAUGAUGAGGCGGGUGAUGGGAGGAAAGGGUUGUUGGGGGAUGUGCUGGCUUGUAGUGCUGAGAAGAGUCUUGAGGGUCACAACAAGCUGGGCAUUGAUGAGGUCAGUGCUUGCGGGAUGGAGUGUGAUGAGUUUGGGCAGCGGAGGCAGUACAGCCUGGACGAUCUGAACAUUCUGGAAGAAGAUGAAGAAGAGUGA